AUGCUAUCUGAGGAAAAUGAAUGGUAAAAAGUAGUAUAAUCAACAACCAAAAUAGAUUAACAAAUUAAGAAUAUUAAAAUGAGAUUAUAAUCAGCAUUAACUUAGUUAAUAAUUUAAUCAGAAGAACAUAAUAAAAAUAUCAAUCCUGAUCCAAUCAUUCAAAAAACUAAUGUCCAUUUACUUAUUCAACAUAACAGUAGAUCUAUCGAAAAAAGAGAUAAACCUGCUCUAAGAUAAUGUGCAUCCAAAUCUCCUAUUCGAACUCCAGAAUCUACAGAUUGCCCAUCUCCAAUAUCAUAAAUUGCUUAUAAUUCUACUUUAAAAAUGCAAUUAAAAGCAGCAGAACUUUUGAGUCCCAAAUACUAAAAUAUAUCAGAUAGGUUUCAUAUAGGCAAAUUCUUAGGAAAGGGCAAAUUUAGUGAUGUAUUUUAAGCAUAGUAAAAUAUUAAUUUAAGUUAGAGAAAAAUCAUCUAAAGUGUUAGUGGCUUUAAAAGUAAUUUAAAAAAAUGUAAUUAACAAAUAUAAGAUGGAAGCAUAAUUAGCUCAUGAAAUAAAAAUUUAGAGUUAUUUAAAUCAUCCAAACAUUCUUAAACUAUAUGGUGUAUUCUAAGAAUAAACAAAAGUAUUGUAUAAAUGAUAAAAAUAAGAUUGUUUUAAUUUUAGAAUACGCACCAGAUGGUGAAUUAUAUAAAUUGCUUAAGAAGUAAACUAAUAGAAGAUUUAGUGAAAAUAAAGCUGGAAAUUAUAUUGCAUAGAUAGUAGAAGGAAUUUCAUAUAUGCAUAAAAUGAAAGUAAUUCAUAGAGAUAUAAAGCCAGAAAAUAUAUUAAUAAGUCUAGUAAUAAAUAAAAUGAAUAAAUUUAGUAAUUUUUAAAAAUAGCUGAUUUUGGAUUAGCAACAUAUUCACCAGAAUCAAAACCAAGAUAAUCUUUUUGUGGAACAAUUGAUUAUAUGUCUCCUGAGAUAGCAUCUGGUUAAGAUUAUGAUCAUUCAGUAGAUUUAUGGUCAAUAGGAAUCUUAGCUUAUGAAUUGACAACUGGAACAACACCAUUUUAUUAAUCUUCAAAAGAAGAUACAAUGAGAAAAAUAAUAGAAGGAAGAGUUGAUUUUCCUAAAUAUGUUUCUUAUGAAUUAUAAGAUUUCUCAAAAUGUUGUUUAAGGAAAGAUCCAUCUUAAAGAUUGAGAUUAGAAUAAAUGGCUAUACAUAAAUGGAUUUAGAUGAAUCAUUAAGCAGGAGGAUAGUAUGACAGAAUGCUAGUUUAAUAAUUAGUAACAAUUUUGAAAUGA